AUGGUCUCUCAACCCACCCAGACUGCAACGCAACCGAUUGAAGAUCCCCGCCAUCUCAGGAGAAAUGUCUCCAAUAUCUCGAACGAGGAUGCUGUAGACGUGAUAUGUUUACUGAGUCCAACUUCCCCAGCUGCCUUUGAGGCAGUAAAAGCGAACCUGUUGGUUUCGCCCAUGCACAUCUUGCAGAAUGCCGACCUUGAGGAUAUCAGUCAAGACGACCUGCUUUUCCGCGAAGAGUACAAUCAGCCGCGAGAUAUAGCGCUGCGGAUGUCCUCUCCUGUCACGAAUCCGAAGGAUGGUUUUCGAUUUGGUCGUACUCGGAGUCAAUGUGACGUGCUGCUCACCGCAUACGACCAUGACACUUUGGUGAGCAAGGUACAUUUCAAGAUCUUUGUGAACAAUCAAGGGAGCCUCAUGUUGGAAGACUUGUCUACCAACGGAACCGUUGUUGACGAUGUCCACCUCCGAACGAGAGCUCGCCGAGACCAUCCUGCCUUGAAACCGGCUACUAUAGUCCUCAGGCAUGGCUCUAUCAUUUCCCUCUACGGUGGUGGCAAAAAGCAAGAGGUCAAGAUGAUGGUACGCAUACCGAGCCGUGGUGAUUUUGAAGAUGAAUAUGAAGACAAUCUACGAAAGUAUCUGGCGGCAAGAGGCGACGUGGCUCAAUUCGCUUCCAUGCGGGAGAGCACAUAUGGUAAUUACUGGAACGGAGGCUCCUUAUACAACUUUACGGGCCUGCUUGGGAAAGGUGCAUUUGCAACAGUCUACAAGGUCCAGACGAAGGAAGAAGGCGACAUCUACGCUGCGAAGGAGCUUGACAAGCGGCGUUUUAUCAAAAACGGUGUCCUCGACAUGAAGUUUGACAGCGAACUCAACAUUAUGAAAAACCUCAAGCACCCUAAUAUAGUCAACUACGUCGACUGUCACACUUAUCAACACUGGAUUUAUAUCCUGAUGGAGUACGUCCCUUACGGCGAGCUCGCCAAAGAACUGGGCAGACGCUCGGCUAUUCCCGAGUCCGACGUUCAACAGAUUGCAAAACAAAUAUUGCACGCUCUCUAUUAUCUCCAUCGACGAAAUAUCACCCAUCGUGACAUCAAGCCGGACAAUAUCCUCAUAGCAUCACGAAAUCCUCUGGUCGUUAAGUUGUCCGACUUUGGCUUGUCAAAAUGUGUGACCGACCAGGAGACCUUCCUCAAAACGUUCUGUGGGACGCUUCUUUAUUGUGCGCCUGAGGUCUAUCCCGACUACGCAAACUAUGCUCAAGGGUCAGCCCCGAAGAGGCGUCGGUUAGGGGACCCCGCGACAAAACCACCGCCCUCGCCCUACGAUCAGUCCGUCGAUAUGUGGUCCUUUGGCGCCGUCAUCUUCCAUCUCCUUUGUGGCAAGCCUCCGGUUACCGGACGGGGUGACGAUCGUGGCGCACAAAUGCUGAAUAAUAUCAUGACCAAGGAUGUCAACUUUGACACGCUGAGACAGGCAGGAGUAUCAGAGGCGGCCAUUGAUUUCGUCGGGAAACUUCUGAACCGCAACCCUACUCUACGACCAAAAGAGCCAGAGUGCUUGCGGCAUCCGUGGCUACGUGAUUUACCUGAUCAUUGCAACUAUGAUGACAUCGAGGAGCCGGUUGAAAACCCACCAAAUUACCUUGAUGUCGUUGAUGAAGUUGACGAAGAUAUCAUCGACGGAGAGUUGAUUGCUACAUUGAACCAACUGACGCAACCACCCUCCUCAGAACGUACUCCAGAUCGCCCUACGAAGCGCGCUCGCACUACGACGGAUAUAUCACCCACAGCACGAAACAUCUCAUAUCCUCACCUCCCAGAACCUGGUGAGAGUUUCCUGCCAAUACCUGUCGCUCCAGAACCACCUGCAGAGCGUCUCUUUGGAGAGAUUUCCGCGUCGGUACUCCGUAGUUCAGGCGUAUUUGGCGACGAGCUCAGCCCGCCUAUCCCGUUGGGAGUACAAGAUAUUCGGAACCGUGUGGAACAAAUCAGCGUGAAUGAUUUUGGAGAUCGCAAUCCUUCGAGUACCGCAGAAAACGCCGACAAUUCUGGCCAACCACUUCAGUAUCCUCAAGUACUGGGCGUGCCAGACAUUUCAGGUGGUUCGGCUGCAAGCCUUAUGGGGGCUGAACAUCAAAUAGGGCAGCUCAAUAUGGGUUCGCCCGAAGCAGAGAACUCGGACGCCGCGACCCCAGAAACAAUUAAUCCCGUGACUCCUGAGACACGUCAACUAUCACCAUCGGCUUCGGUGACUCCUCAUGCAGAUAAUGAAACCGCCGAUGCCGCUCAAAUGGUCGAAGAGCCUGUCUGUACUCGUCGUAUCGAUCUUGGCCUCGUGGAGGACCCCGUUAACUUCGAGGCGGAAAUCGAGGCAAGAAAUGCAUCAAGGGCUAGCAGGCUACGAGCAAAAGCGGAGACUUUUCAUGGACAUCUCACUUCCAGAAACUCCCCUCCAGCAGCUGAACUUGCCGUCACAAUUGAUGCGAAGACUGGUCUUGAGAUCAAAAGUAUGGGGCAGCUGGAACGUUUCCCUCGUCCCGCGCCAGAGCCGGAAACUACUACCAGGACGAGUUCUCAGACCAUGCAAUUCAUUAAACCCCCUCGACGAUAUGGCAAGUUCACCAGCCUACCAGGAUCCUUUGCGAACGUUGUCAUCAAUCUCGAAGCCAGAUUCACUGUGUGGGGACGGGGCAUUGAUUGCACCGUCCAUUAUCCUGACACCAAAGACACGCGAAUUCCCAAAUACGCUCUCAAAGUCACAUUCUGGGCACCUGGUAUGGAGGCUCACGUCGACCGCGGAAACGACUGGACUGCUCUUCCUGGGAUAAGAACCCUGAUCGCUACCUCUGCAAGCGGUUGCGUCUCCGUCAACGAUGUCGAGCUGCGGAAGGAGUCGCCCUCUGGAGAUGCAGCCUUGUUCGGCAAGCUAUAUACAGGGGACAUCAUUACCAUUUUCGACAAUGGGAAGGGCGAGUUUUUGAAGUUCAAGGUGGAAAUUACAUUUGGCGACAGCGCAAGACCGCGGCCUGCUGAUGAAAGCGGGUUCAUCGUUCAAGAGGAGCGACACCAUCACCAACGGAUGAAGGAGCGCGAGAGCAUGAGACUCAGUAUGAGAGACAAUGCUGGCGAGGUGCCCAUCGCGCCGACCGUGCGUGUUGAGCCAGUUGGUGAAUGA